UAGUUGUUCGAGGAUAAUCAUGAAAUACUUUAUAGCACUAUGUUUGGUGGUAGCUGCCGCAGCUGAAGAAGUUCCUCUAUCAAAACAGCACAAAAAGCGAGGUCUAUUUGACCUCGACCACCAUGGAGGAAGCUUCGAGUAUGGCGGGCAUUAUGGCCAUGAACACGUUAUUGAAAUUGAGAAGAAAGUGCCCUAUCCAGUACCACAUCCGGUGCCUUACACCGUUUAUAAGAAAGUGCCAGUCCCAUACAAAGUCCCUGUGAAGGUAGAAAUUCCCAAACCGUACCCAGUCCACAUUCCCAAACCCUACCCAGUAGAAGUAGAGAAGCCAUACCCAGUGACAGUCCACAAACACGUACCGUACCCAGUAAAGGUUCCAGUCAAAGUACCUUACCUAGUACCCCAUCCCGUUGAGGUGCCCAAGCCAUACCCAGUCACAGUUGAGAAACCAUAUCCAGUGAAGGUAUCCUAUCCUGUAUACGUAGAGAAGAAGGUGCCCAUCUAUAUACCUCAUCAUCAUCAUGAACAUCACGAGAGUUUUGGUCACGAGUAUGGUCACCACAGCUCCGGCUUCUAAUUGGUGACUUUCAGUUUACCCCUUUGAAGACAUGUGAUAUUGUAUUUAUCUAUUUUUGAAAGUUUUUGUUGUUAUAUUUUAUAUGUAUUUAAUAAAAAAGUUUCUAAGC